AUGAAGCAGGAAGAAGGUCAAGACUUCAGUGUAACUGCAGAUGUGAAUUUUGCUGUAGUGAAUGUCGAACAUGAACUGCCGAUUUUAGGACUGAACGAUUGUGUCAAUUUAGGACUCAUUAAGAGAGUGUCAUCGAUAUGUUUGAAUUUUAAGGAUAAGGACGAUGUUUUAACCGGCUACAAGACAGCUUUUGAAGGAUUGGGACAGUUUCCAAGCACUCAUCAUAUUCAGCUUAAGGAGGGUGCUAUCCCACAAAUUCGACAAUCACGAAGAGUACCUUACAGUUUACAGGAAAAACUAAAGGAAAAGUUGGACCAACUUGAGGAAACUGGGGUGAUUCGAAAAGUUGACAAACCUACAGCAUGGGUCAAUCCUCUGGUGAUCGUGGAAAAACCUGAUAAGUCUUUGAGAAUCUGCAUAGAUCCGAUGCCAUUGAACAAGGUGGUAAUGAGAGAGCACUUUCUAAUGCCACACCCUGAUGAUAUUCUGGUAACAUUGAGUGGUUACAAAUACUUUACUGUUUUGGAUCUUAAGGAUGGGUUUUUUCAAAUUGUUUUAGAUGAGGAGAGUCGUGAACUGUGCACAGUCAGUACCCCAUUUGGGAGAUACCAAUUUUGUAGAUUUCCUUUUGGAAUCUGUUCGGGUCCAGAAUUGUGCCAGAAAAAUAACUACAAAUGCUUUGGAAACCUGAAGGGAGUUAACAUAGUACAUGAUGAUAUUAUUGUAGGAGGAACGACAUCGGAAGAGCAUGACGAAAAUUUAAAGAGAGUUUUGGACACAGCCCUUAAACUUGGAAUCAAGUUUAAUCCAAACAAGAUGCAAUUUAAGAAGAGCGAAGUUAAGUAUCUGGGACACAUAGUAUCGGCUGCAGGAAUCCAACCCGACCCAGAUUAUGUAAAGGCCAUAGUUGAAAUGGACCCACCCACGGACAAGAAAGGGGUAAUGCGGUUAUUGGGCAUGCUAAAGUAUUUAUCGAGGUUCAUACCAAACUUAGUAAAAAUCACUGCACCCCUCAGACAUUUGACAAGAAAGGAUGUGGACUUCUUAUGGACCGUAGAGCAUGAAGAUGCUCUGAAGAUCAUCAAGACAUUAAUUUCCAGUGAACCAGUUUUGGUAUACUUUGACUCUCGAAGACCUCUUGAAAUACAAACAGACGCUUCUCAAGAUGGCCUAGGAUGUUGUUUGUUGCAGAGUGGGCAGCCAGUGGCUUUCAUGUCCCGUUCAUUGACUGAUACAGAGAAGAGAUAUUCGCAAAUUGAAAAGGAAACUCUAGCUAUAGUUUUUGCUGUUGAGAAGUUUCACAGGUUUAUUUAUGGCUAUAAAGUAACAAUCCAGACUGACCACAAGCCGCUUGUAAAUAUUUUUCAACAAGAUUUGCACGUGUUACCAGGUCGGCUACAGAAAAUGAGACUAAGGUGUUUGAAUUAUGAUCUGGAAGUAAAGUACUUACCUGGUAGUAGCCAACUUAUUGCUGAUACGUUGUCAAGAGCAGCAUUAAAAUGCACAGAAACGACAGUCUCUUCAGAAUUUCAAGUACACAGUUUAACAAGUUCAUUGCCUAUGACUGAAGAGAAGAAGAAAUUAUUCCAGCGUUACACUGAAGAGGACCAAGAAACUGCUAUUGUGAAGAGAUACUGCAAAGAAGUUUGGCCAGAAAGGAAGCAAGACACCCCAGAGAUAGUACGCCACUAUUGGAACCAAAGACAUAUGGUAUCUGAAGAAGAUGGUUUAUUGUUUUUAAAUCACAAACUGAUUGUGCCACGACAGCUACGACAGGACAUGCUUCAGCGAAUCCAUAUCGCGCAUGGAGGAAUUGAAAAAUGCAAAGCUAGGGCUCGACAGAUACUUUAUUGGCCACGAAUGGCUACAGACAUUGAAAGUUUUGUGGCUCGUUGCAGGAUAUGUGAAAGGUUUUCCAGGAGUAAUGCAAAGGAAACCCUUAUGCCGUAUCCUAUACCUACUAGACCAUGGGAGCGUAUCGGAUGUGACAUAUUUUCAUAUGGAGGAAAUGUGUACUUAGUCAUAAUGGAUGCUUACUCAAACUGGUUGGAGCUGGUUAAAAUGCCAUGUAAAUCAGCAACGUCUGUAAUAUCAGCAUGCAAAGACAUCUUCAGUAGAUUUGGCCCUCCUGAUAUAAUGGUAGCGGAUAAUGUCCCUUACAACAGUGCCCAAAUGAGGGAAUUUGCCCGUGAAUGGAAUUUUGAAAUUGUGACACGCAGUCCAGGCUAUGCACAAUCCAAUGGGCUUGCUGAAAGGGCAGUUGGAAUGGCCAAAGAGUUGAUAAGGAAAGUACAGUAUGACAAUAAGGAUUUGAAAAUGGCUUUAUUGGAGCUUAGGAACAUGCCCGUUAAGCAUCUGGGAUAUUCUCCAGCUCAGCUGAUGUUUCAACGCAGGUGUAAGACAACGAUCCCUGUAACCGAGGAACUGCUGAAACCAACGCUGAAUGAUGGAGUACAAGACAGGUUAAAUACAAGACAACAGCUGCAGAAAAAAUAUUAUGAUCGGUCAGCCAAAGACUUAAGGGUUGUAAGAGAUAACGAAAGAGUUGUCUUCAGAAAUGAAGGAAGGUGGGAGCAGGGAAAGAUUGUUAAUCAAGGACCAACUCCAAGAAGUUACUGGGUAGAAGGUGACAACGGGGCUACAUUAAGAAGAAAUCACCGCCAUCUGAAACCAUCACUCACUCAACAAAACAAUUCCCAGUCAGUUCCAAGAGUCACUAGAGGUCUCUCACACAACACCAUUGACUACAGAGUCACUAGAGGUCUCUCACACAACACCAUUGACUACAGAGUCACUAGAGGUCUCUCAGACAACACCAUUGACUACAGAAUCACUAGAGGUCUCUCGGACAACACCAUUGACUACAGAGUCGCUGGAGGCCUCGCCAGUGACACGGAGAAGGAGUGUUCCUUUGAAACACACAACCGCAAGUCGUCACAAACCUGUUCCGCAGAACGUCGAUAUCGGCGCAAGUCGCAGCCAAGAUCGCCAACUGACCAUUACGUUGCGGGGGUCCUGCCCUCGAUUAGCCUAAUCAUAACUUUCCAGUCGUUGUUCCGACAUUCCACCACCGAGGAAGCGAUUACAGGAGCUGCGCUGGGAACCGAACCUCGGCGACCAAUUGACACGGCCACUUCCUUUCAUCUGCAUAAUGCUAAUCAAGUUCACACGCCUAAUAACUUCCCUUCCCGCCAACCCGCGGUUCUGUCAACUUUUGGUCCUUCGAGCCGGAUCGCGAGUAUGCCUGUGUUUUAA